GUUCACAUAAUUAAAGAGACAUCUAAUGGAAACAAAGAGGUUAAACUUCUGUUUUCAGAGUCUUCAAUAAAAAACUCCCCAGGAAAUGCUUUUCAAGUCUCACUUGAGUCUUACAUAACAUUUCACCAUCCUUCAGAAAGUAGAAAUGUGUCAGUACAGUCAAGUUUUCUCAUGUUGCAGAGAUGACAAAUUCAGAGAGCACAGAGAAACUCCUUCUGCAGAUUCUUUGGGACUGGCUGAGAGAACAAAGCCUCCUUAGAUCUCCAUUUUUCCCAGUUUUAUUCUCUCUGACCAUCCACCUGAGCUGCUGCUUGCCUUACUUAUGUCUGGAUUUGCUCUGUUCAAGACUCACCCUGGUACGCCGCUUCAAGAUCCAGCCUCAAAACAAGGUGACAUUGGCAGUGGCUUCGAGGUGCUUGCUCAAAAUCUUCCACAACCACGUCUGCUUCAUUUUCCCCAUUUCUGUUGUGCAUUGGUACUUGAGACCUGUGUCUUUUCCUCCUUUGGCACCCGAGAUGCAGUCUGUUCUUAAGGAUGUACUGGCCUGCCUCCUCCUGUUCGACAUGGAGAUCUGUUUGUGGCAUCUGCUGCAUCACAAGGUGUCCUGGCUGUAUGUCUUCCACAAGGAGCACCACAUCUACACGGCCUCCUUUUCGCUGGCAACAGAACACACAGGUGUCUGGGAGAUGCUGAGCCUCAGCUUCUUCACAACACUGAACCCUGCCCUCCUGAACUGCCAUACACUCACCGAGAUGCUCUUCUAUGUCAUAAACAUGUAUCUGUCUGUUGAGGCUCACUCGGGCUACGAAUUUCCCUGGUCUCCACAUAGACUGGUGCCUUUAAGCCUCUACGGAGGAGCUCCGCACCAUGACCUCCACCACCUCAAAUUCAAAGUAAACUAUGCCCCAUACUUCACUCACUGGGACAGACUUUUUGGAACGCUACUGGGAGAAAACAGACAGAGGAAGUCAAGAAACACAGAGACUUUCAAAAGGUUGUGAUUGUCAUAAUAAAUGAAGGACAGGUUUGUUCUACUGUUAAUAAAAAAAUAAUGAAGAAAACUGACUUUGAUUAAACUGAUGCUGACAUUUUAAAAUUUAUACUAAAACAUUUGAGCAUGAAACACUCCUGUUGUGUUUCA